AUGGCUUUAAAUCUAGAGAGCUGUGAUAGUCUGCCACCAGACGAGGAGCCUAAACUAAAAUAUGAUCGAAUGGGCAAUGACGUCGAAAAUAUAUUAUUAAAAGAUGCUGUGAGCUGCAUCUGUGUUCAUACCAAGUUUAUUUGCUUAGGAACUCAGUGGGGAGUGAUACAUUUGCUGGAUCAUGAUGGAAAUACAGUUCCCAUCUCACCAGACAAUAACCAGAAAGAUCUGCAAGCUCACGCUAUAGCUAUUAACAAAAUAUCGGUAGACAUUAACGGGGACUACAUCGCUAGCUGCUCCGACGAUGGCAAGGUCGUGGUGUACGGCCUCUACUCCCCAGACAACACUCACAACCUCACAUUGGGGAGAGUUGUUAAAUCAGUCUCCUUAGAUCCUUAUUAUUUUAAAUCUGGUUCAGGACGAAGGUUUCUCACAGGUGAUAACAAACUCACCCUGUAUGAGAAGACAUUCUUGAAUCGGUUGCGAAGUACCGUUUUGUGUGAAUGUGAAGGUUACGUCCAGGCAAUAGCGUGGCAUGAGAGAUUUGUGGCGUGGGCCAGUGAGUCCGGUGUUAGAGUGUACGACCUCUCUGCUAGAUGCUCCCUGGGUCUUAUACAAUGGGAGCGAAACCCCAAUAGAUCCAUUGAAGACUUCCGCUGUAACCUUCUCUGGUCGGCUCCUAAGACACUCAUGAUAGGCUGGGUGGACACCAUCAGAAUAUGUGUGAUAAGGAAAAGGAGUCACAUAGAGUUACAAACACGUGACGUCACAGAAUAUUUAGUGGAUCCGGUGCAUACAUUUCAAGUGGAUUAUUUCAUAAGUGGCCUGGGACCUCUCGAUGACCAGCUGGUGUUGUUAGGGGUACCUAAAGAAUGUGAUCCAGAAACUGGAAAGGCCCAGAGACCAGUACUAGCUGUGGCCGACUAUAAGGAUUGUGAAUUCUGUGAAGUAUCCAACGACAGUCUUAAUAUUAUGGGCUUUCAAGAAUACUCUUGUAACGACUACUAUUUAGACAUGCUCAUUGAAGAAAAUAGAUUCUUCAUAGUGUCGCCGAAGGAAAUAGUGAUAGCGAGUCCGUACGACAUCGACGAUAGAGUCAAUUGGUUAACGGCGCAUAAGAGAUUUGAGAAGGCGAUAUCAGUUCUGGAAGAAAACGGCGGUAAAACAUCCAAACAUUCCAUAGUGACUGUAGGAGUGCAGUAUCUAGACCACCUGCUGGCCGAACGGCUGUACGAUGAAGCGGCGGUCUUGUGUGCCAGAAUAUGUAAAAAUGACAAAGUGUUGUGGGAAAAUCAAAUAUUUAAGUUCUCUAAGAUGAAUCAGUUGCGAGCCAUCAGCCCCUACGUGCCCAGAAACCCUGGUCAGGCGCUGAGUCCUCAUAUUUACGAACUCAUAUUUUUAGAAUACCUAAAGGAAGACCCUCAAGGUUUCCUUAAGCUAGUUCAGGAAUGGAACCCCGCUCUGUAUAAAACGGGAGUCAUCAUAAAAGCAGUUUUAGAUUAUCUAUUAACGACGGAGGUCGAGAAGAACAUUUAUUUAGAAGCUCUAGCUCUCCUAUACUGCUAUCAGAAGAAAUAUGACAAAGCUCUCACCGCGUACUUAAGACUACAGCACAAAGACGUGUUUAAACUGAUCACGAAACACAACAUGUACUCCGUCAUAUACGACAAGAUACUGGAACUGAUGUCCCUCGACUGUGAUAAGGCGAUCGCCAUCCUCUUACAGGACAAGACCAAAGUCCCCGUACAAGUGGUGGAGAAGCAGCUGGCCGACAACGACGAGUACUUGUUCAAAUACUUGGACGCGUACAGUAAAGUCGAACCGAACGGAAGAUACCACGGGAAGCUGGUCAGGCUGUACGCCAAAUACGCCAGGGAAAAACUACUACCGUUUCUGAAAUGUAGCGACAACUAUCCCAUACAAGAAGCCCUGGACGUGUGUCAGAGCAACGAGUUCUAUCCGGAGAUGGUGUUUCUGCUGGGUCGGAUAGGAAACACGAGGGAGGCUCUGCAGAUUAUAAUAGAGAAGUUGGACGACAUCAACCAGGCCAUCGGCUUCUGUCAGGAACACAACGACAAGGAGCUGUGGACGGACCUCAUCAAGCAGACGGUGGACAAGCCGGAGUGCGUGUCGCUGUUACUGAAGAGGAUCGGCAACUACGUGGACCCCAGGAUGCUGAUAGAGAACAUCCGGCCCGGCUGCGAGAUAACGGACCUCAAGGACUCGCUGGCCAAGAUGAUGUGCGACUACCACCUGCAGAUGUCGGUGCAGGAGGCGUGCAGGGUCAUCACGCUCAGGAACUACUUCGAGCUGCACGAGAAGCUGAUCGUGAGCCAGCAGCGCGGCAUCUCGGUGACGGACGAGUUCGUGUGCAGCGUGUGCCAGGGCCGCAUCAUCGUCCGCGACCUGGCCAGCGCCUCCGACCUCGUCGUGUACAACUGCCGCCACUCCUUCCACACGGACUGCCUGCCGGACGGCGUCAACGGCGCGGCCUGCAGCGUCUGCAGCGCUGUCAAGAUGUGA